UCGUGCGCUCUAUACCUAUAUCGCCGACUCAGCUGAUAUUCAUUUCGUAUCUGUAUAUUUUGUAACUACGUCCAAUUCCGUGUGCCAUGAAUUGUCUUCGUUGUUGAAGCAAGUGAGGAUUAUCCUGCCGUGAAUAAAUUAUUCCACUUCUUUCUCCGAUGAGAUUCGUAGGUACCAAAUAAAUUCUGCAUUUACACCGCCGAUCGAAAGCUUCGUGCUCCAAAGUUGAGGUUAUGUUUCGUAAGAGCGCGCGCGAAUUCGCGCUACUGGCGCGCAUAAUCGAACAUUCAAAACGUGCCUCGCAACUGCAAACUCAAAGAAGCAAAACGAAUUCCAAAGCCGAAAAAAUGAAAGCCCUCAUGUACCAGGAGAAGAUGCUCUACGGCAAACUCGUGGAAACGAAGAAAGAAAAAUUGAAACGCGCGAAAAAGGGAAAUGAAGGAAAAAUACCUGAAGUUGAACCAUCGGAUAGUAGUAGUCAUCCAGAAUUGGCUUGGAUGCUGAAAAUGCAGAAUUCUGGAGUUUUAACGGGUUUGAAGAAAAUAACUCCGCCAAAGCCAAAGCCAACAGUGCCUUGGGAAGACCAAAGUGUUAGCACCAAUUUAGAAGUAAGCCGUGAUAAGCAAAGUGUACAAACGACUGACCAUGCGAAAAGAGAAUCAAGCUUGAAAGAAGACAGUGUAAAUAAGCAUGUUGCAAAGGAAAAACCCAUUGAAAGCAAAAAGAAUUCUUUGCUUUCGCUGACUGUGAUACAAAAAUUGUUGGAGUUCCCUAUUGUAGAAACUUAUAAGAGUCCUGACGAUAAGUGGUCCAGUGAUUUUAAAAUCAUGUCUUUAUCAGCGAUGGAAGAGAGGUCUUGCUUAAAGUAUCCCAGUGUAACUAGAAUCUUAUCAGCCACGAUGACAGAAGAGGCCAAGGCAGUGCUUGAAAGGUGGAAAAUGGGCAUGAUUGAAAAACUGGGUGAAAGUGGAUUCGAACUUUAUCAAGCAGAGCUUCUCUCGGAUGGAAAAAUGUUGCACUCGUCGAUAAUGAAUAGACUCACUGAUAAACCUUAUGAAGUACCUGAAAGAGUUAAAAAUGCAUUUAAAAGUCUCGACAAAGUACUUGAGAAUGUUGAAGGAGUCAGAGCAAUUGAAUCCCAUGUCAUUCAUCCAACGCUUCUGUACAGAGGAAUUGUAGACUGUGUUGCUGUUUAUAGGGGUAAUCUAUGCUGCAUCGAUUGGAAAAAAUCAGACAAAGCCAAGAACACUCUCGGUUCGACAUACGAUGCUCCUCUCCAACUUGCUUCUUAUAUCGGAGCUCUCAACGCUGAUCUCAAAUAUCCAUUCCAGAUAAAAAAAGGACUGAUCAUAGUCGCCUACACCAACGGUGAUCCAGCGACGGUCCACGAAGUCAGCGAAGAAUCGCUACAGCUCUACUGGCGUUUGUGGCUGCAGAGACUCCAGGAAUACCAUAUUGCCUUGAAUACGUGAUUCGACAAAGUGUCAUACAAGCGCAAAAGAAUUAAUUUCGUUAGAGCUUCGCGCGCGGGCGCUAGUAAAGUUCAAAGUACAGCUCUCGAGCAAAGUUUUUCAUUUCCGUGGUUGUUACUCGUUCGCUCUCGAUAUUGGAAAAUUUUUCUUGCAUACUGAAUUACGGGACACCGAAGACGUAGUUUCGUCCGGCUCUCUCACACCGUCGUAAAAAGAAACGGCGCGCGAGCGAGACUUUUUCAGCAAGGGCAAGAGAGAAAAACUCGCAAACGCGAUAAGCCGUCUCAUUGCCGACCGGAAGUUUCCUUUGCUUCUCUCUCAGCUCUCUCUCUCACUCUCUCUCUCUCUCCCUCUCUCUCUCUCUCUCUCUCUGGGACUCGCGGAUAUUCUGCAGAGAGGAAUUGAAUAUCAGAGGCUCUAAUAAAGCCUAGCAGCAACUCAUCCAUACAUCUCGCACGUCGCGCAAACUUUCGACAUGAAGAGAGAGAGAGAGAAGGAAGAAAAGAAAACAAGGAAAUUUCGUAUAAUUAAACUCAGAACUUUAUACCGCCUCCGGUCCGAAGAAUAAACAGCGGGCAAUUCCGCUGAUUAAACCGCGUGAUAUUUCAUGACGCGAAUUUCGCUGCAGCAGCGCGAAACCCUCCCCGUUCUCUCACUCGGAUGAAAAUCGAUGUCUCUUCUCUCUUUUCGUUCGCUCUCCGCAGCUCGUAUAUGUACGAACACACGUCUGCAGCCGCGCUUAUCGUUGCUCUCUGGCUUUUUUCUCGCAGCUGACGCCGAGACUCUCUCUCUCUCUCUCGCGCGCGGAUAUAACCGAUUGAAGCUCGGCCGGAAAAAAGGGGCCCGCGGGCGGAAAUCUGCCGAUGCGAAUGCUGAUUCGGUCCGGGCGAGAUGAGCUACGGUACACCUACACUCUCGCACACACGUUAUACGUACUCGGAAUAAGGGAAAAAGCCGUGUGUAUGACGCGCGGCUCUCUGCCUAUACAAAGUGAGUAGUGGUAAUAAAAAGGAGAAGGAAAAGCGUCGCCUCGUAAAAAAGAGCUGCCGCGUGAGUAAGACUGGCGAGACUCGGAUUCCAAGAGAUAAAACCUCGAUGCGAGUAGACGAUUAUAGGGGGGAGUGUCGAGAAAUUGCGCCAUACUCGUAUAUUUAUAGUGUGUGUGUGCGUGUAUGUGGCGCCAGGUAGAGAAAAGUAAUGAUCGGAUUUCCGGCUGCUGCUGAGCUUAGAGGGAAAGUUUAAAGCUGCGAAUAGUCUCGAUGUAAGGUUGAUACAUUUUUUUUCUUUAUGUUCGCUGGGGUAUUACUCUUCAUUACGGGCUUUCAUUUAUCAGGUUUAUUAUUAUAACUACGCGUUACCGCUUCUAAAGGCUGUGUACACUAAUCCAACUUGUUCAGCUAGUAUGCGAUUAAACGAGAUUUUAAUCCGCUUAAAUUCUCAUUAACUUUUGUAAAGCAAAUGUAUACAUCAACGCGCGUACAUCGACUCUCCGUAAAACGAAUUAAAUCACGGGAAAAUCAGUUUGACAAUUCAAUCGCGGCUCGUUAUACGAAAUUCCUCGGACGAAUCGACUCCGCACGCACACACACAUCUCUCCUAGGCCAAAUAAAAAAGCGUCGGCAGCAGCCCCUCAUCGUAAAAACGAGGCUCGAAUUCGCAUCUCCUAUAGCCAACUACGCUACAUAUAGCAAUUAUAACUUUGGCAGUGCGAGAGAGAGAGAGAGAGAGAGAGAGAGAGAGAGCUGGAAAGUAACGCAUCACGCGAAGAGUACAGAGAGAGGGUAUAACGUCCCUCGACGCACUCGGCCCUCCACAGCAGCCCUUGGGGACCGUAAACUAAUGGCGCGCGGGGAGAGCCGUGUGUGUGUGUGUGUGGUAUAUAGUACGCACUAUAUACGUUCUACGUUAUUCGGCGUUAUCUCCCGGCACUUUCCCUUACGAGACGCGCACCUGCGCGAAAUUCAACGCCGUAUACAUGCUAACCACCGCGCACGCGUGUACUUUAUUAGCGAGCAUCAGUUAUUCCAGCUGUACUGUGUAUGUGUAUGUGUGAGUGGCUGAGUGUGUCCUGCGUAAUGCGGGGGAGUGAGCGCGGAGAUGUCGGUUAAUUUUUCAAGACGCGUUUAGCGAGAGCGUCAAGACGAGACGAGAGAGCAGUCGUUUGGACGUAGUUCCGCCGCGUUUAUGUACUCGGGUGUACACAGGAUGAGAGGCGAGGAUGUGAUAGCAGCUCGUGAAGGAGCUGUGGGUUUAAUGAUUUGGCGGCGCUUUUCGGGGGAGAGCUGAAAAUUGCGCGCGAAGGUCGUAUUUUUCAUUAGUUUUCAGAGGAAAACCUUUUGAUUUUAGUUUCAGUCGAUCGAGCCUAUAGCUCUCUUAUAAUAAUAGCCGCAAUCUCCGAGCGCAAUCCAUCGAUUGCGGUUUAUUCACUCCUAUAUAUACUGUCAUAGCUGGAUAUAAUGCAGCUCGGCGAAUCGAAACUUUGUUACAUCCACAUGUCUUCUCACUCUGCAUAAAUAAACAAACACACAAACUUGACCAAGAUUA